AUGGCUGACGACGAUGUAGAUAAAACACCGUUAUUAAAUGAUACUGAUAAUACAGAAGUCAUGACACAAGUGACUAUACCAAAUCAAUCGUUGUCACAAUCAACUCAUUGUCAUGUGCCGGAUAAUAAAUUUGAUUAUGGAGCAAGAAAUCGUCUUAUUGUUGUACUAAUUAUUUGUAUUGUUUUCAUGAUUAUUGAAAUUAUCGGAGGUGUUCUUUCUAAUUCAACAGCUGUUGUAACAGAUGCAGCUCAUAUGGCAAUUGAUGUCGCUAGUUUUCUAAUAUCAUUAACGGCAAUGUAUCUUGCAACAAAACGACCAACACAAAGACUUUCAUUUGGUUAUAUUCGAGCAGAGGUACUUGGAGCGCUUCUCAGUGUAUUAACAAUUUGGUUAGUUACUGGUGUACUUGUUUAUAUGGCUGUUGAACGUUGUAUCAAUCAAACUUUUGAAGUAAAACCACUAGAGAUGAUUAUUGUUGCAUCAUGUGGUGUUAUAUUCAAUAUCGUAAUGUUUCUUGUUUUACAUGCUAAUGUAUGUGGUAAAUCAAUGCCUCAUCAUGGUCAUUCACAUGGCGAUAACCAUGGUCAUUCACAUGAAAACAAUCAUCAUGACGAUUCACAUGAAGACAAUCAUGACGAUUCACUUGCUAAUAUUGUAACCGGUCAAAAUCGAGAAGAAAUUAUAAAAGCAAAGAAAUCAACAAAAAAUAUCAAUGUACGAGCUGCUAUAAUACAUGUUAUUGGAGAUUUUGUUCAAAGUGUUGGUGUUCUUUGUGCGGCUAUACUCAUUAAAUUUAAACCACAAUAUAAAUUAGCUGAUCCAAUCUGUACUUUUUUUUUCUCUAUUCUUGUUCUUAUUACAACAAUUACAAUCAUGCGUGAUAUUGUCUUUGUUCUUAUGGAAGCUGUUCCAUCAAGUGUUAAUUAUUCACGAGUAGUUGACGAUCUUCUUCAAUUACCUGGUGUACGAAAUGCACAUAGUUUGCAUAUAUGGUCAUUAUCGAUGCAAAGAACAGCUCUAUCUGUUCAUCUUGCAGUUAGUUCCAAUCGAGAUUUUUUGACGGUAUUGAGACAAGCUCAAGAAAUGCUCCGUUGUAAACAUUCUAUUGCACGAACAACAAUACAAGUUGAACCAUAUGAUGAACCUGUGAUGAGUGCAUGUGAAGAUUGUCGUCCAUUGAGUAUUUAA